AUGGGGAUAACCAACCAACACCUUCCGGACAAGACAGACAGUCACAAUCAGCCAUUUCCUGACAGAGGGCAUACAAAGUACACACUGAUAAAUAAUCAGGGAAUUGGAGAGGACUGGGAACAUCCUGUACAUUUCUGUUGCUACCUGCCAUGGACUUACUUAUCUGCAACAUCUUAUGGCUUAGGAUCUAAUUCUGCUUUCCUGAAAGCUCCAACUACAAAUGGCAAAGUGACCCCAAAGCAGGCUGUUACAUGGAUUAAGACUGAGAGAUCUCAACAAACCGUUUUGACAAACAGCUUUGAGGAAAAGAAUCCACCUCCUACCCAAAAAACACACCUGAAUAGUAUUUGUCUGCAACAUCAGCUAUAUCUUCUGCUGAAGAGCCAUUUACUUUGCCUUUUAAAGAAUGAGAUGAGACUAAUCAUCUUCUUCCUAUGUGCUUAUGUACCAAAGGUGGCAGCAGGUCACUGCAAAUGGGCAGAAGUUUUGAAAGAUUUGGAGCAGAUCAAGACAUCCAAAGACAUUGAUAUCAGUUUAUAUACUGCAAACAUAGAUGAGGAUAAAGAAUGCCAAGAACCUGUAAUGAGAUGCUUCUUCUUAGAGACAGAAGUGAUUCUUCAAGAAUGUCUUAUAAAAAAAUGUAGUAAAACACAGGAUGUAAUGAAUAUAUGGAAAAAUGGAAAUGCAAGCUUAAAAAAUAACAAGUUCAAUUCCACAACAUCAUCAAAAUGCAAAGAAUGUGAAGAGUAUGAAGAAAAAAAUUUUACAGAAUUUAUACAGAGUUUUGAAAAGGUUAUACAGAAGGAAUGCAAACACUGA